CCCCGGGGAGGGUGCCGGCGGGGCGCAGGGUGGCGAGCAGCAGCCGCGACACCCCGGUGCACCUCUGGGACGCCUUCGACGGGAGCCUGCGCGGCUCCUUCCGCGCCUACAACCACCUGGACGAGCUGGAGGCGGCGCGGUCGCUCUGCUUCUCGCCCGACGGCGCCGAGUUGCUGUGCGGCUUCGACGGCGCCGUGCGCGUCUUCGCCACGGCCCGGCCCGGGCGGGCGUGCGACACGCGGCCCACGCACGCGGGGGGGCGGGGCCAGCGGGGCCUGAUUGGCUGCCUGGCGUGCAGCCCCGCCCAGGCGGUGUUCGCCUGCGGCUCCUACGGGCGGACUGGGCUGUACGCGCGGGCGGGGGGCGGGGCCGUGGCGCUGCUGCCCCGCCUCCCCGCCGCCCCCACCCACCUGCGCUUCGCCCCCGACGGGCUCCGCCUCUUCGCCGGCGGCCGCAAGGCCCGGCACAUCCUGUGCUGGGACGUUCGGCGCCUGGAGCAGCCGCUGCUGGUGCUGGAGCGGCCGGUGGGCACCAACCAGCGGGUGACCUUCGACCUCGACCCGAGCGGGCGGUUCGUGGUGAGCGGCGACUCCGGGGGCCACGUGCGGGUCUGGGACACGCGGGCGGCGCCGGCGGCCGGGCCGGAGCCGCUGCUGCCGCCGCUGCUGCGCUUCCGCGCCCCUGCGCGACUGCGUCAACGGCGCCAGGUCCUGCACCCCAGCCUGCCGCUGCUGGCCACGGCCUCGGGCCAGCGGCUCUUCCCGGAGCCGUGGGCCAGCGCCGGCGAGGAGGAGGAGGAGGAGGAGGAGGGGGAGGAGGCCGAAGUGGUUGUGCUCGACCGCGUCUCCUGUGAGUCUCUGUGCCCCGGCUACACCGGGCCGACACCCCGAGCUACACCCGUGCCAACACCGUACCGCUAG